AUGUUAAAUAAUUAUUCUGUCUCGUUUCCUUCUCGUUAUGAUCAACUAUAUACAUUGAACGCUUUUCUAAACGAUAUUAGUAUUGAAUGUAAUACUCAACAUAAGUUACCCAUUAUAGUUAAUAUAACAUCAUUAAAUAGUUAUGGACGAUCUAUAAAAAAUCUUCUAUCAAAAACUACUUCAUUAUUGUUAUUAGAUAUUUGUCAACUGGAUUCAGUUUUAGCUGAAUAUCACCGUUCAUCUGAUGGACGUCAGCAUUUUCAUCGACCUCGGUUAGCAUUAACACAAGGAAAAGUCUCAGCAAAAGCAUCCGCAAAAUUUCUUAGUAUGAAAAAAUUCUCUAAAUCACUUGCUUCAUUAACUACAGCAAAUAUGGUAUCUAAUUUGAGUGAUGAUGAUAAUUUAGAUGGUGAUUAUGAUCAUACACAUAAUCAACGAAAUUUAAUUAAAAAUUUAAACGAAAAACGUUCAUCAUCAACUCCACUUUGUCGUAUACCAGUACAAUAUCAAAGUUAUUUUGAAUUACUUAAUGAAAAUGAUCAACCAAUCCAGCCAUGUCAUAAAUUAAGUGAUCUAAUUAUUAGUGAACAAGAUGCUAAUGAUUCAGCAAAUCAUGUUGACAAAUGGCCACAUGCUGUUUUUCUUCGUAGUUCUUGUAAUGCAUAUACAAAAAGAGAUACUUCUGCAAUUUUAUAUUCAACAAAGAAUGAUCAGAACUCAAAAUUUGCCAGCAAUACUGAUCCUAUUUAUGAAUCAGUAGCUGAUUUAGAAUUACAGAAGAAUCUUAUUGAAUUAAAUGAUGAUAUACAAACUCUUCAACCAGGACAAAUUUUAACUAUUUUAAAUGUUUGUUAUGCUUUUCGUAGACGAAUAUCGGAUAAAGAAAUAAAAGAACAACAACAACCAACAUCUCCUUCAAGUUCAAUUUUAUUAUCAACAAAUUGGAUGAGAGAAAAAUCGAAACUAUUAUUUCCAAAAAAACGUCGGCAAACAAUUAAUAUUGUUAAUAUAUUAAAUGAAAAUAUUCAAAGUAAAAUUAUUCCAAACAAAUCAGAACCUUGUGUAGAAUGUCAAACUCAGCAAGGUGAUCAUGUUUAUAUAUUUCUUGAUGAAUCUGGUAGUUUUAGUCCACUUAAUUGUCAAACAAAUGAUUCCAAAUUAAAUACAGAAUUAAAUCGUAUGGAUAUACCUAGUGUUUUUAAAUUAGAAGAUAUACUUGCAAAUUUUCGUUUUCCAAUAUCUGUUCGUCUUCUGGAUGGUUUGAAUUCAUUGGAUAAUAUUAAUUCAACAACAAUUCUUACUCGAGAUGAAUCAUCACGUUGUAUAUCAACUAAACUUCGUUUACUUAUGCAAUAUAAUGAAAAUAUUGUUUUUGCUUGUCCACUAAAUUUAUCAUCACAAAAACCUCAGAAAACAUCAUCACCAUGCAUUGUUAUUCCUCUUUCAGUAAAUGCGGAUAUUGAAAUUCAACCUUGUUCAAACAUGUCUGAUGUAGCUAAAACUGAAGCUUUUCAAAAAUUACUUGAAACAUGUUGUCAAGUAAUUAAACAAUAUCAAACCGAAAUAUCACUUAUUAAUAUUCCUCUUCAACAAAACAAUAAUACAAAUAAACGAAAACCACCAUUAUGUAAAAAACGUUCUCAAUCUGAUUCUAAUUUAGACGAAGUAUCUAAAGACAAAUUUCGACAUUCCGAUCAACAAUCACAUAGUAUCUCGCAUUCUUUUGAUGAUUCAUCAUCUACCCUAUAUACUGCAUACCCUUAUCGAGAUAGUAGCGAAAUGCUCGAACAAAAUUUAUCACCGGACGCUAAACAACCAAGCUCAACAAGCAGAGGUUCAGAUUCUCAUGGAAAAAUAAACAAAAAUCAACAAAGAAGAUCUUCUGCUGAUGGAUAUAAUUUCGAAGACGAAAUAUAUGAAGAUGUUGACAAACUUUAUGAUUAUAUUCGUUCCGGUGAUAUGACAUACGAUGUAGAAAGAAUUAAAGCUAAAGAACAAGUAGCCAGUAAUUCUCAUGCAAUUGAUAUACCAAGUUCAACAGAGACUGAACAAAAAAUCUCACCAGGAAAUAAUAGUCCAGGAAGAAUGAUGACACAUCGAUUGCAUCCGAAAGUUAAUAAUUCUACAGCACUUGCUAAUAGUUUUGAAAUGUAUCAAUGUCGAAAUGAGGGAAAUGUUGAUGAUGACCAAGCUCGUGCCCUUUUUCUAGCACAAAGACAACGUUUCAAAGAUGAUUCAAAAGAUUCUUCUAAUGUAAAACCAACAACACCAAUGAAAAGCCUAAAUAAACAUUAA